AUGGCCGGCGGUGGAGGAAAAUACCGGCAUCUGGGCCGCAAGUCUUCGCAUCGACAGGCCCUGCUCCGCAACCUGGUGACCUCGCUUUUUGAGAAUGAGUCGAUCACAACGACAUGGGCCAAGGCCAAAGAGGCCCAACGUCUAGCUGACAAGUUGAUUACCUUGGGAAAGAAGAACACGGAGGCCAGCCGGAGACGGGCCACGGAGAUUUUCUACAAACCCCACGACAUCCUUCCCAAGCUUUUCGGUCCCCUCCGCGAACGCUACGCCGACCGACCAGGCGGCUAUACUCGUGUACUCCGCGUGGAGCCAAAGGAGAAAUAUGAAUACUAUUCCGCGCCUAAGGGCGACAAGAAUGCCGUGCCCGAACGCAAACCCGCCGAUCAAGCAGCCAGCGCUAUCCUCGAGCUUGUUGAUGGACCCAAAGACAUGCGGUUCGCCAUGACCGCCCGCACAGUUGCGCGUCACCGGGAACUGGGUGUCGAAGAGUUGAACGAUCUCACCCAGCGGAAUGUGGACAAAGUCACCCGGUUCCGGAAGGGCGGCAUGCAGGCGUUCGAGGAGGCAAUCCGAAAGUUGAAGAUUGGAAGCUCGAAAGAGACCAGUUCUUCAUUGGGAGAGACUGGGGAGUCAUCGAGUUUGAAGGCGGCGGCCAAGCAGAGCGAGGCUGAGGCCGAGUCGAUGAUGAGUAAGAUCAAUGCUUUGAAGAAGAAUUAG